GCCCCUGGCCUAACCUGUGGCGAGGUGGUUUGAGUGCUGUUGGGCAGUCAGUGAUGCAGGUUCAAAGCCAUUCUGGGCAAGGGGGACCUAGAACCCCAGUGUCUUGCUUUCUGGGUGAAUGUUAUAAUUGUUCAGUUACUGGAGCUAAAAUACAGGAGGUCCACCUCCUCCUCCUCCUCCUGAGUCUGCUUGUUAGCAGACAGGUUCCUGGCUGGCUAAGUCUUCAUGUCUUACACAUGCCCAUUGUAGACAUGUACCAGUGUCUGUGCCUGGUCAGCACGUAGAGUACUGCACGGAGUCAGGCUGCGUACACAUGUUUGUGUGUCCACGUUACAGGGGAAGCUGAAUUGCUACCUGUGCGCAAAUGCCAAAACCACAACUUAAAUAGCUAGAAAGCUGCCAUACACACAAAGGAAAGCAAAAUUCCUCCCUAAGUGAGGCAGGGGCCUAUUUCUCUCUCUUCUCUUUUCCUGUCUUCCUCAUCCGUUCUUGGUGCUCCCCCUCCAGGCUCCCCAUACUCCCAUUACGCCUAGUCUUUAUCUUCUACUUUUCCCUGGCCCUAUGUCCAGCCUCUGUCUACUCAGCAUUCAAAUCGGAUAUUUUCUUCCAUGCUGCUUGGGUAGCAGCAGGGAGAUGCUGGAUGUAGAGGAGAUGCAAGCUCCUCGAGUUGAGUGACAGUACCAAGCCCAGAGCUUCUGUUGGAGGUGAGUUCCUAGUGGGACCCUGCAGCUCUGGCUGGAGCCCUUCCAGUUGCCCUGAGGAGCUGGUACACAUCAGGGCUGUGAGCGGAUGAAGUGUGCCUGUAGAUGGCAUAGGUACAGCCUGCUCACAUAGAAAUCCUAGAAGGAUGGAACAUGCUCAGUGAGAGUAUCAUCUGAGAUUUUGGUGGUUAAAUAUUUAAGAUAUCUCUACUGAGCAUGUGCCAAAGGAUUUUUCAGAGAUCCAUAAUGAUCAAAUUUGGGCAGAGUUUUCACAAUAAAAGGGCACACCCUGCCACAAAUGCCACCUGCUUGCUAAAUUUAAAGUUACUGUCCAAAGUGUAGGGGGACUGCAGCUUCAAGAGAAAAGGGAAGGGCUUUUUCUAAUAUCAGCAAAACAGUGUUUUCUUCCUUAGCCUUGUUCUUGGAAAUAGUUAAAACAUUUUGGCUGAAAUUUUCUGAAAAUAUUCACCCUGUGGUAGACAGUCUGCAUGGGACAGUUUCAGCUCACAUGGUUAAAGUAUGUGAAAAUAUAAGCAACUGAAAACGGGACCUUAUCAUAGGAAGUGUUGACAACCAUACUUGCCUUGAACACCCAAUAUUCAGGCAGUGUUGUUUUUUGAAUAUCCAGUCAAAAUGGUAGGUUAAUUUUGAGCCUGGAGAAAAAGGUGUGUUUUAAGAAAUGGGCUUAAAUUUAGUAAAGCAGGUGCCAGUAGUAAUUCUAAAAUAAGUAAAUGUGAGCGUUUCCUGUGUCUUGAUAUUUAAACAUCCCAAAUACAAUAAAAGGACCAAAAUGUCUCAGCGCUUUACUGAUGUUCGUGCCAUACAGAGCUGGCUAGUUCAUUCUAGAGGUUUCAGGAGAGAUGCUAGCCUGUCUUCCUCAAGUGCUGGAAAAUUGUGCGAGUUGACUAUCAUAUUUCCCAGCAUUUCCCUUUCAAAAGAAACAGCUUCCAAAGAGGCAAGAAACUUAAAGAAGUGCAUCUUUCCCACCACACUCCAGUGCCCGUUGAAAUGAACAGGGAUAUUUUCAGAUUUCUACAGGCAGGAAAUGUACUAUCAUUUAUUUGUCACAGGGUGAUCCUGUUACAGACCUGCUUUUCAGUUGGUAAACUUAACAAAAAAUAAGCUUGGGAACAUUUUUUCCUGAAAUGUUUAAAUUUCCCAUUUUGCAAGGAUAAAAAAAAUUCCAGUUAGGAUGAUUUAGCAGUUCUAAAUGGACUUUUCUGACUGAUAGCAGUUCAUAGCAGUCCUCAUGCCUUAUCACACAUGAGAGGUCAAUAUUGGUUUUGGACUUAUCUUCCCACUGUUUUUGCUUUUUUUAAAAUGCAGACUGUCGAUUGAACUGAAAUUAAAAGCUAACAUUCAGUGGCUAUUCCUAGGGGUUAAAUAGUAAGUCAGUAUGCUAUCACACAGGUCCGAGCAAUUAGGUCAAGUGCCUCAUUAACAGAGACCUGUGAAGUGUAUUUUAUGGCAACUUUUUAAUUCUAGAGUUCUUUUGUUUUCAAAACCAUGCAAAGUUAUUCAGAUACUUAGAAAUCUUUCUGUUGUCAUUUAGAACGAUGUUGCCUUCCAAGAGAGUAAAGGACUCCUUUGGGGAAAUUAAAGAAUUGACUCUGCUGUUCCUAAAAUGACAGUGUACUAGCAACUGAGAGAACGCCUUGGCUUGCUACAUGCAAUGAAAAAGUAGUUCUGUGGUUGGUGUCACCUUACCGAACAACUCUGAGAGGGGAUUCACGUCAUAAAGAACUCUCUGCUUGGAGAGGGAAGUCUUCCUUUUCCUUCAUAGGCUCGGAGGACACUCUUUCUUCAGCCCAACCAAAGCUCACAGCCCCUUCUUGCGGACAACCAACUUCCAGCCAAAGCCUCAUUUCUGUUAGUGAGCCAUAAAUACUGCUGUUUCAUUGACAGUAGUGGAUGUAUUUGGGCAGUCAGAGAUAUUUGCUUUUUCUCUAGGGACUGGGCAUACUGUUUCCAUGGUGCUUCCAGCCCUCUGACAGCUCAAGGAAAGGGAGAAUAAUAGUUAUUCCUGUGCCCACCUAUAUAAUGCAGGCAUCAUCAUCACUGAGGCAACCUGUGUGGAAAAAAAAUGCUGUUAGGCCUGCCCAUAUAUUGACCUCCAUCCAUGUUAGAAGGAAGAAAGUGGGUAAAGGAAAGAAAGGGAAGUACUGUAUAUAGAAAGGAUGACAACCGAAAGAGUGAAGGGGAAAAUAUCCCAGUCACAAAUCAGUCCGGGCAUUUCACAGGACUGUAACGGAAGGACAAGAUGGCAAGAACCAGCCACAGCAACUAUGUUCUUCAGCAGCUAAACAACCAAAGAGAGUGGGGUUUUCUCUGUGACUGCUGCAUUGCUAUUGAUGAUAUUUAUUUUCAAGCGCAUAAAGCAGUCUUGGCUGCCUGUAGCUCAUAUUUUAGGAUGUUUUUUAUGAACCAGCAACACACUACAGCCCAGUUGAAUCUCAGCAACAUGAAGAUUAGUGCUGAAUGUUUUGAUCUUAUUCUGCAGUUCAUGUAUUUAGGAAAAAUUUUGACUGCCCCAGCCAAUUUUGAGCAGUUUAAAGUGGCAAUGAACUAUUUACAGCUAUACAAUGUCCCUGAAUGUUUAGAAGAUAUACAAGACACAGACUCCUCUAGUUUAAAAUGUUCAUCUUCUGCUUCUAGCACCCAAAAUAGCAAAAUGAUAUUUGGCGUACGAAUGUAUGAAGACACCGUUGCUAGAAAUGGUAGUGAAGCAAACAGGUGGUGCACAGAGCCGCCAAGUUCAACAGUAAACACAUCACAUCACAAAGAGCCUGAUGAAGAAGCUUUGCAGCUCAGCAGUUUCCCUGAACAACUGUUUGAUGCGUGCAAAAAAAGCACUGUGUCCAAAUUCUCCAGCACAAAAGAGCGUGUGUCACAUUCACGACGCUUUGGAAGAAGCUUCACCUGUGACAGCUGUGGGUUUAGUUUUAGCUGCGAAAAGUUACUGGAUGAGCAUGUGUUGACAUGCACGAACAGGCAUCCAUACCAAAACGCCAAGUACUAUGGCAUUGAAAAAAUGGACUUCAGCGAAAAAGACUCUACUUCCAAAAACCUAUCUGCACAAAUAGACAAGUGCAAAGGGGAUCCGAGCCAAGCAGCCGAUGGGUCUUUGUCUCCAGUGUCAAAUGUUACAAGCAGAAAAAGCAGCACAGUUGCAUCUGAGACAUCAGGUGAAGAGGGAAGCAGAGCUGCAGAGAGGAAGCGAAUUAUGAUCAAGAUGGAACCAGAGGACAGCCCUGUGGAUGAAAUGAAAGAGUUUAAUGUUAUUAAAGUGACAGAUAAAGACUGUAACGAAUCUACUGACAAUGAUGAACUAGAUGAUGAACCGGAAGAGCCACUUUACAGAUACUAUGAGGAAGAGGUCAGUGAAAAGAGAAGAGCUCGAAAAACUUUAAAACCCCGGUUAUUAAUGAAUGAGGAGGAAAGAAAGUAUUUAAAGAGUGCAAGGCACCUUAGCAGGAAGAUCUCCCCAGUACAGGAAGAUACAGAGAACGGCCCCUGUGAACUGUGUGGGCUCACGAUUACAGAGGAAGACCUGUCCUCUCAUUACUUGUCGAAGCACAUAGAAAAUAUCUGUGCUUGUGGCAAAUGUGGUCAAAUACUGGUCAAAGGUAAACAGUUGCAGGAUCAUGCGCAGACAUGUGGAGAGCCUCAGGAUCUGACCAUGAACGGGAUAAGAAACUCUGAGGAAAAAAUGGAUUUAGAAGAGAAUCCUGAGGAACAGUCCGAAAUCAGGGACAUGAUGUUUGCAGAAAUGUUGGAGGACUUCAGGGACAGUCAUUUCCAAAUGAACAGUCUUCCCAAAAAACAGUUAUAUAAGCAUUCUACCUGUCCUUUCCGAUGUCCUAAUUGUGGUCAGCGUUUUGAAACUGAAAAUCUAGUGGUUGAACAUAUGUCAAACUGCCUGGACCAAGAUCUGUUUAAGAAUGCCAUUAUGGAAGAGAAUGAAAGAGAUCACAGACGAAAACAUUUCUGCAAUCUCUGUGGGAAAGGAUUUUAUCAGCGUUGUCACUUGCGGGAACACUAUACUGUUCAUACCAAGGAAAAACAGUUUGUUUGUCAGACAUGUGGAAAGCAGUUUUUAAGAGAACGCCAGUUGCGGCUCCACAAUGAUAUGCACAAAGGCAUGGCCAGGUAUGUCUGUUCCAUUUGUGAUCAAGGAAACUUCAGAAAACAUGACCAUGUACGGCAUAUGAUAUCUCAUUUAUCAGCUGGAGAGACUAUAUGCCAGGUCUGCUUUCAGAUAUUCCCAAAUAAUGAACAACUGGAGCAGCACAUGGAUGUUCAUCUGUAUACAUGUGGAGUGUGUGGAGCCAAAUUUAAUUUGAGAAAAGAUAUGAGAUCUCACUAUAAUGCCAAGCAUUUGAAAAGAACAUAAGUGUAAAUAUACUGUAUAGCAUUAAAUUGACAGCAGAGAAAACACCAAAGUGAGGCAUACAAUAUAUUAGUCAAAACUGAACGAGUUGUUGAAAACAAAUCUCUUCUUAAAGACCCUUUUAAUCAUAGGCGUCUUUGUUUAGGGUCAUUCAGUUAUAUAGCUUUUAAAAACAUCAAGUGUUUAAUUAUUACAUUUUCACUGUUUCCUAAUAGUUUCUGUUUUUAAUUUUAUUGUUUUACUAAGUAGAUAUGAUACAAAUCAUUAUUUUUAAACUGUAGAUUAAAAGCACAAUGUUAUCCCUUCACUGACUUCUAUUAAACAGUUCUCAGUUCCAUGUCAAUAAGAUGAGUGCUUUAAUAUUUCUACGUGUUGUUUCUUCAUGUGACAUUUUAGAUCAAGUAGCGAUUAACAUGGAGGUGGCAUAAUCAUCCCUAAUCUCAAAAUUAACUUUAAAAAAAAAAAAGAAAUUUGAUGCCAGGAAAAACUUUGUUCUGUGACUCAGCUGUAAGUGCAGUGCUGGUGGUUCUCUGAGCCUCUGUCGGAAUUCGAACCAGUCAGGUUGCGGGGGCAAAGGGAAAGAAUUUAAUACUAUGUAGAUAGACUCAAGGAAUUCCCAUAUGAACAGCCAUUCCCAGGCAUGAAGUUCUAGCAGAACUGAAAUGGGCAUUUCCACUCCAGUGUUGCUACUUUCCUUCAGUUUUUCUCCCUAGAUAUUUAUAACUUGCUCAUUGCAGAGGUAUCUAAGUGCUGAAUCCUGCUACAAGAAAGGGCUGGUGAGUUUCCUUAAUAAAUACAAAGAUAUUUUUUACUCCCUUUCAGAAUUUUCUUACUAUGAAAUACUCUCUGAAACUAGUGCAGUCCAGGCCUUUCAAAUCCAUGCCCAGUGCUUUAUCCAGGGUGUUACUUUCAGGGAUGUUUUAAUGUCAGGGAAUAUAAAUAAAUAGAUAAAAUUCAGCAUAUAACCUAAAAAUUAUGUGAGAACUAUUCAGUCAAAUGAGUGUUUUCAGAUAUACUGAAUUUCUUUUUGGAUAUUCAGCUUUAAGGGAACUUCAUAACUUUUUAGGCUGGUAAACAAAUUUACCAUGUGUAUUUUUUUCACGCCAGAGCAACUGAAGGAAAAACUCAUAUUGUGCCCAAUCAUACUUCAGCCCUGGACCUGCAAUUGGAGCACACAGAUCCCAUUGCAAGUUAGGGCUUUAGCAUUUCACGGUGUCAACUCAGUCCUGUCUUCCUCUUACACCACUGAAGUCAUCUGGGUCCUAAAUGGCAGCGGGGCUGAAGAGCACCACUAACAUUACUGUGUACUCAUGUUUCUGUUAUUUCAUGCCUCCUUUCUAAAGGUGAACUGAGCCAAAGCUUAAUACACAAUAGUCCAGGGUGGCUGGUUUAAAUGAUCUUUUUGUGUAAGCAAUCAAGUGUAAGGAGGUGGAAAGAACUAUAUGUCUUGUUCAUCAAAAACAAAAUUUAAAAUAAUGUGGAAAAAUAACUGCUGAUCAGUGAAGGACUGUAACAGCUGAAUUCUUAUGAAGCAUUUAGUUUACAUACAAACUCCCUGAUGUUUAGGUCAGUGCUCACUAUAUCAACACAAACUGAGAUCAGAAAGCAGCCGAGGGAACUGAAAAGGAAAUGGAGUGUGCAGGGAGUUGAAAGAAGAGUAUUGUAGCCCAGGGUGAGCUGAGAGAUUUGGAAUGCUAUGGGGACAUGCCAGGCAAGGGCUGGAACAGCACAGAAAUGGAGACAGAAUUAGAGCACGGUAGUGGGAAGUAGAGAGGAAAAAUCCCAAAGGUGGCAUACAAAGGGAGAGCAUGGAGGAAAGGAUAAAAUGUCCCAGAGAUUCCUGAGGGACCAGAGAAUGAGCAUGACUCAACUUGGUUAGGAGAGCUAUCGGCCUGAAUUAUUAAUUCACUGUGGCACCAACUCUCAUUGCAGAUAGUAUGCUAAGUAUAAACCAGACUUUUGUGCUGGGAGGAUUGCAGUGGAACAACAAGAUUUAGAUUAAGGAUUUCACAUGGUCAAAAAAACAGAGAGGAUUCCUAACAGCUAAGAGUACAAGGGAGAGUUAAAAGAAAAACUUAAGGCCCUUCUACACUGACUCAGGAGCCUUGCUUAAAAUGUAAUAGCCUCUGCUUGUUUAAAACCUGUGUUUGCUGAGAGUGUAAACCUGAUGGGUACCUAGCAUGGAUGGCCCAUAAUAGAAAAAGAGAUUUUAUCAAGGGAUUUAGGAGUGCCCUAUGGUGUAUGCUUUGGUGGGUGGGUGAAAGGGAUUGGAAUCCUAGGAGUAAAUCAAUCCAAUAAAAAAAAAAAACGGGGAGGACUAAAAUGGCUGUGGAGGAAGUAGAAAGAAAUAUUAUUGUCGUGGCAUAUAAAUGUAGGUAAAGGAAUGGCAUUGGAAACCUGAAGGAAAGCCUAGAGUGGCUGAUCAGGGUGGCAGGAGAGAAGAAUGAAGAUUAAAAUAGUUCCAAUGAAAAAAGAGGGUAGGUAUGUACAGGGGAGAGAAGCAAUACAGACAAUCCCCGUGUAACGCUGUUUCGCUUAGCGCUAUUUUGCUAUAAUGCUUGUUUUAAAUUACACCUGAUUUCACUUAGCACUCAGUGAGCUUUGUUGUAACGCUUGCAGUUGCCAUUAACGCUUGGGUCAUUAAAAACAAUUGCGGUUGCCAUCUUAGGUCAUCAUAUACUUUUGGUUCCACUUAACGCUUGGUUUUUCAGGAACCAAUUAAGAGUGCUAGGCGGGGGUUGCCUCUAGUGUGCAGACCACUGAAUAAAACUGUAUGGGAACUGGAGUGCUCCACAGAAAAGAUAAUGAUAUGGGCACACUAAGUACAAAAACACAGUUUCAGCUUUAUCCCCCAUCCCCUACCUUAGUGUAGUGUUUAAAAAUAUCAACUAAUUGAAAACAGCAAAAACCAGAGAACUAGAGUUACUGAAACACUUAAAAUCCCUACAAGAUCCUAUAAAUGUUACUUGAGAGAACAAAGGAGGAUCAGACAAUCUUGAUUUAGAACUCUCCUCUAUCACAUCUGUAUUUUAGUCCCUUCAACAUAGUUACUCUGUACCUUCUUUCUCUGCUAAGUGGAGUCUCAUGCAUGUUUUGAGCGUAUAUUUGGAUGCAUACAAGUAAAGCUGUUGUGGAUCCUUAGGUGAAAGAUGCUAUCUAUAUGUAAGAUUAUCAAGUUUAAAAUAUUUAAAAAAUAAACCUCUUAUCCAAAGAGAUGUGAGCACAGUCUGGAUGCUAAGCCUCCCAUCCUUGCAUUUUUUGAGGGCGCUGUUAUUCCUGCGCAGGUGUCUCCUGCUGUUCUUUCUGAUGCACUCUUCAUCCUGGUGGUGAUAUGGGCUGCAACUCUGAAAAACGUUUUACUGGCAACCAUCUCUGUGCUCUCAGCUUUCAGGAUUUAUUGAAAACUAAGGGGGUUUGUAACAAUCUGGAAUUAACUUUUCCAUGUAAUAAGUGAAGUUUUAUUGUGGGGACCAUGCAGGCCAUUUCCCAUUUUUUUAAAUGUUUUUAAAGUUUGCUUACAGCUAAGUUGUUACUUUUAAGACCUAAUUAACCCUGGGUCAGUCAUAUCUAUGUGUAAUAAGAUGUAUGGAUGACAGGGCUGUGGGAGAAUGCUACUGCUGAUCAUAGAUUUGGAUGGAUUCAGAAUAUCACAUAGACUUCACCCUUUUAGUACUAGCAGUAGGCUUUUCUACUUAGUGGGUUCAUCUACAUGUGCACUUUGCUGCAGCUGACUAAUUAGCUCUUCAGUAAAGCAUUACUGUCUACACAUGCACCAGUCUUAAGAUGCAGUAAAUUAAAUCCACUGUAAGAUAGUACUGUCCCCAACACUAGCUUACAACAGAGUCAUUACUGUGCAGAAACAUGUGUGGACAGUGUCCAGGACCACAGCAGUUUAAGCCAGGGCAGAGCAGCCCUGGACUGGCAGCAGGCUUGGGGAAUCAGCUACACAGCUCUGCAGUUUUGGCACACACAUGCCCCAGCCAUCCCCUCUGUUGCCCAAGGCUGCCACCUGGAGCCUGGGGCUGCCCCCCCACCAAGCCUGCUGCCAGCCCAGGGCUGGUCCACCCUGGCUCAUGCUGCUGCGGCCCUGGGUGCAUGUGCAAACACUGCGCCUAGAAGCAGCUGAUUCUAGCACAAACUAUGCCAGGAUUUAUCUUAUCACAUUAAUGGCACAUGUAGAUGCAUCCAAUAUGUUCCAUUAGUAAAGCAAUCAGAAAAUGCAAUCAACAUGUUUUUCUUACUUUUCAAGGGAAACUGAAAAAAUACUGCACUACAAAAAAACCUAAACUGUCUGUAGGGCUCUAACUGAACAUGCAGAGAGCAUCUACAUGUGCAGUUAAUGUGACUGAAUAAACUCUGGUACAGUCUGAGCCAAAGUAAACUAAUCCCAACAUCACUCUCUACACAUUCAUUUAAGCACAGUAAUAUACCCUGCUGUUGGAUAGUACCUGUGUCUGACGGGAUUAUCAAACAGCGCUGUAAAUUAGUCUACACUGACCCAAUUGCUGCUCAUGUGUAGACAGUUACUCUUAACUGCAUAGUAAAUUAGUCUACUAUGCAGUAAAGCACACAUAUAAAUGUGCCUGCAGAUGCUAAAAUUUCUGCAGUACCUCACUUACUGCUGAGGUUGAUACUGCCCUUUCUAUGCAGACCCCACACACCCACUAUUUUGGUAGCUGAAAAAGCCAAUAUGACUUUCCACAUAAAAAGGAGAGAAAUGCACAUCAUCUACCCUCUGCAUAAGAACUGAAAAGCUUCCUGUAUUCAACUUGCCUUUCAGAUGGUCUGGAGUCCUUUUCUGAUCUCUUGAAGUAGGACAGACAACAGUCACCUUAAACCCACAGACAAACAUAGCUUGCGAUACAGAGAAAUUCCUUUCAGCUCUGGGGGAAUAACAACAGGCUUGAGCACGAAGGAUAAAUACUUUGUGAAAGCUGAGGAAAUAAUAUUAACAUCUAUUAAUGUUACAAUAUGUCUGGAUCUCAGUGUAAAGAAUCUAGAAUUGUCAAGACAAAAUUAUCUAUCUAGAAUUAAGAAGCAAAGUACUUCUGACUUCCAUAAUUCUAAUUUGUUCUUAAAGUCAUCAGACAUGUGGCCAUGCUGGGUGAUGUGCCUACUCUGAAUUUUUAAAGUAUUUUAGAUAAACAGUUAAUUUUUUAAAAUUAGGAAUAUGAGAUUCAGCUUUUUAAAAGUUGUAUUUAGUGGCUGAAAAUGUAUUUCUUUUUAUAAAAAUUCAAAGGAAAAAGUAAUUUUUUGACAUGGUAUACUUGAGCAAUUAUAGUCCAAGGGGGGGUUUUGAAGAGAUGUUAGAAAAUUUUGAAAACAGAAGCUAUAAAUUAAAUGUCUCCUACAACUCUUGUUUACAGUCAUUACUAUGGCAUUAAUUGUGAGCUUUUCUUGCCCCCAAAAUAAGAAAAACUUGUAAUUUGUAACAGAGAAAGAGUGUAUGAUUCAGAAAUGGAUUCAGUAUGACUUAAAAUUUUGGGCACUGAAACAAAUAGCCCUUGUUGCUUUUCAUAAGAUUAGGUGGCUGGUGCCAGCUUUAGAGAGGAAAUAUUAGAGGAGUCUUUCUUCGUGUUAGAUUUUGUCUACAAAUGUCUUGUAACAUUUUCUUGAACUACUAGGGAAAUAAUAUUGUGCAUCCUACUUUCAAUGAGAGUGCUCCCAGCAGCAAUGUUUGUUUGUCUGUUUUACCAUGAGUGUUCAUUAUUAAUACUGGGAGUUGUAAGUAUAUAAAAUAGUUUUAAGAGCAUAUCUAAGGGAAACGUCACAGAAUUAUGGGAUGAGAAAUCAAUCCUUGAUUAUGUAAGACCAACAUUUUUGAUUGUUCUUUGAUCUGGUGUGCCCAACACAAGCUUCCUAGUUACAAGGGCUCUCCAUGUCAAAAGCACUUUGUAACCUCAACUUUACUGGAAGUCAGUGCAAGCACCUUCUAAAAUCAGUACCUCAGUGCCUUAAGUUUAACACCCAAAGUUGGUAAAUGCUUCUAUAAAAGCUAGUUUGCCUUAUACUAUGAUUGAUUUCUUGUCGCCUUAUUUUAAUGUUGAUUCAUUUUGAUCAUUAAGGGCAAAACCAGAAGCUUAAUCUUUUGCUAUUUCUUUUAACAAACUACAGCAAAAGUAAAUCUUCCUGUAGGUACAACCACAGACACAAUGCCGCUUCUAGCAUUUCCUGUGGCGGGGCGCCUACUUCAGAGCUGCUCAAGAAAGUUUUGGUCUCUAAGGCCAAGUCCUGUACUCAGGUUUAAUUAAGCUAAAUUCUUAUUGACAUCAGUGGGAAUUGUACCUGAAUAAAUGUUGAAUAACAGACUCCCCAUACCUUGGGCGAGGAAAAUUUUGUGAGGGACAACCCCAGACUUCCCCAACACACAGAUAUUUGUAGUCCCUUGCCUGUCUCUUCAUCUUUGUGCAGAGAGAGGUAGUUAGCCUUGUUAGUUUAAAGUCAAGUGGACAGCAGGAUAGAUUUGUACUUUAUAGCCUAACCAAAGUAGAUAUAUAAGAAAAGCUUUUGUGAAACUCACUUCUUCAUACGCUGAGCUGAUGAAGCAAGCUUCAGCUCAUGAAAGCUUGUGCAAUAAGUAGAGACUAGACAAAUAGAUACUUUGGUUAGUCUAUAAGGUGCAAAUCUACCCUGCCUUCCUCAUCUUUGUGACAGAGUACCUUCAGCAUUACUUCACUGAACACUGCAAUAACAGUUUUACCAAACCCAACCCCUGAAAAUCAUGAGUGAAACUCCAAAAAACCCCCAUAAUAUUAGCUUAAAAAAACACACUUUCAAAAUAUUUUGGCUCCUCUUGUCCUCUGGUUUCAGAGCCUUUAGGAUGCAUUUGCUUAAUGUUUUGAAGUUGUAUGCAGCAAUCAUGGCACUAGAAACUUACUUUCUAAAUGAAAAUGAAAAUGGAGAUUGUAAUACAUUCCCAUGAAUCUGGGAGUGAAUGAUAUAAGAAGUAUACAAUAAAACAGAGUUGGCAACACAA